AUGCUUAGGAAUGAGUUCUUUAUCAAGGCACAGUUGGCAUUGAUGCAACAUUUGAAUGGAAUGCCAAUCUUAUGUGAGAGGGCAAGGUGCGUUCGCCUUGCGGUUGUUGCAGAUCAAAGUAAGAGAGAUGGCAAGCAAUAUGUGGAGAUGUUCUGCACUAUGAAA